UCACCCUUGUCCAUUUUUUUAUCCCCCCGAGCUCCGACCCUCGUCUCCCCAAGGCCCGAGCCCCAAUGGCGUAAUAAGGGACCGAGAACCCUACCCUCCUCCUAAAAACCCUAGUUCCCAAAUCGGAACCCUCCUCUAAUGGCGCCUUCUCGCCCCCGCAUCGUCGCCGUCGUCGUCGUCUUGUGCUUUCUCUUAGCUCUCUCCUUCGCUUCGUCUUCUUCUUCUUCGUCGUCGUCGUCGUCGUCGUCCUUGGCUUCGACAUCGAAGGUGUCAUUGGGUAUCUAUUACGAGUCUCUGUGCCCCUACUCUGCCAAUUUCAUCGUGAACUACCUCGCGAAGAUAUUUGACAAUGGCCUAAUCGAGAUCGUCGAUGUCGAUCUCGUUCCCUAUGGAAACGCUAGGGUUCAAUCCAAUGGUACCAUCACUUGCCAGCAUGGCCCGUAUGAAUGCUUGCUGAACACCAUUGAAGCUUGUGCAAUCAAUGCUUGGCCAGAUUUGGAUGUGCAUUUCAGUUUUAUUUAUUGUGUUGAGAGUCUGGUUGUCGAGCAUAAAUACCGUGAGUGGGAGUCAUGCUUCUCAAAAACAGGGCUAGAUUCAAAGGCUGUUAUAGAUUGCUAUGAGAACGGAUACGGACAAAAGCUUGAGCUUGAGUACGCGGAGCAAACAGAUUCUCUUCAGCCCCCACAUAGAUAUGUGCCUUGGGUCGUAGUUGAUGGGCAGCCACUCUAUGAGGAUUAUGAAAAUUUCGAAUCUUACAUAUGCAAAGCAUACAAAGGUGUCCCUCCAAAUGCCUGCAAAGAACUCUUGAAGACCACCACGGAUAUAAAAGCAAGUGAUCGUGUAUGUCACCGCAAGAAGACAAUCAGCUUAUCCACAACUAAAGGAGAUGAGGAAAUGAAGAUAAAGAUGGUGAUUUAGACUUUCUACAUAAAGCCAUUUAUCUAUCUUCCAAGAAUUUGCUAAACAUGUGACUCUCUCCUUGGCCGAGUCCAACGUUUUCUUUUCCUUGUAUAGCGUAUAAUUUUGGUUAUCAAAUAUGUGGAACUGAUAUAGUCUGCUUGUAUUA